AUUAUUGAAAGAGGUUAGCCGCGCGUAUUUUAAUAUAAAUAAUUAUCAAAAAGAAUAUAAGUUUUAAUAUUAUAAGUUUAUAAAAAUUAAUUACGAUUUAUUUUCAACCCAUUUUUACUACAAAUAUACCCGCUGUAAAGUGAGAUAUUCGCAAUUCUGCAUCAAUACAAACAAACCGACAAUAAUUUAAAUGAAUUUAGAAAUACAUACAUACAAAAAUGUUUGACGAUUAUUAUUGGCAUUACGAUUAUGCUCGUCUAGCUUGGGAUACAGGUUUUUGUUUCGAUAAAUAUAAAUACCCCAACUUGGAUAAAAAUAAAAUUUGUUUAAUUGACAUUGAUCGUAUCAUUAAAGAACGAGAUGUAGCUUCAGUUGAAAGGAACCUUUCAAUAGUAGUCCAGUUUGUUUUGGAUAACGAUCAAGCCGAAGUUUUGGAUUCUAAUUUUGUUAAACUAUUUCGUUUGGCACAGCUAUCAGUAGAAUAUUUGUUGUUUUGUAAAAAAUAUUUGGACAAAACUGUUGUUUUACUAAAAAAGGACAUAAUUAAAAUGAAAGAGCAACUUAAAGAAACAAAAAAUUACACGGAAGAGCUGGUUUCCCAUUUAUCCCCUUCGAGAAAUUUAAUGACGAGAUUUACAUGUGAAAUGUGUUUAAAAAUGUUCAGCACCGAGGAUUAUCUAAAUUCCCAUAUAAAACGGAGACACAGUACAAACGAUAUGUCGAUACCUAUAAAUUUAGAAGCAGACAAAUUACAUUCGGAAAUAAAGGAAUUGAAAGAAAGAUUGAACAACACCGAGAAAUUCAUUCAAGAAAAACCGAUAAACGAGGGAAAAGAUGAUAAAACAACAAAAUUGGUGUCGGAAAUACAAGAAAGUUUCGAUAGAUUUAGGAAACAAGUAGAGGAAAAAAUGACGAGUUUGCAGUUGGAGAAGAAUUUUUUUACGGAUAAAUACGACAAGUUGUUUGAAAUUGUGUUGCAGUAUAAAAACGUCGAACGCGAACAACGAGGAAUGCAUAUAACAGAAGAAAAAAAACGUAACGUGGAAAAUAUCAGUACACAGACAGAUAAAGUACAAAAACACUUACAGAUACAUACGAUUAGGGAUGACAACACUUUUUAUUUUGAAGAAAAAAAUUUGCGUCCCCAGGAAGAUAUCGAGGAGAAAAUUGAGAAGAAGUUUAAUGAUUUUGAGGAAAAUAUUGAAAGCAAAAUUUCAACGGGAUUAAGUAACAUAGAGAGUCAAAUACAAACUUUCUGGCAAAAAAUUUCAACUCCACGUCUUACAGAAGUUGUACAAACGGAAAUUUUGGAUGUAGAAGAGGAAAAACCGAAAAUUAAACCACGAAGUAAAUUAAUUUCUAUUUCACCUAUUAAAAAUAUAGAAAACGAAUCGAUAUUGGAAAAAGAAGUUGUUGAGAGUGAAUAUUUUCCACAACAAGAACCUGUUGUUACUUUUGUACGUGGAAAAUGUAGUGGAGAUAAUGGAAGCGAUUCUGAUACCAAGGAGACUAUUGAUAGUGGAAAAAAACAAAGCAAUAUUGUCAUUUAUUCACCUAUCAUCAAAAAAGGUAAUCGAAAACAAUCAGAAUCUAUUAGUUCGGAUUGUAAUAUUUCGAAGAUUUCUUCGAAAAAACAAAAAAAAUCUCAUACGAAUGAUAUUGAAGAUAUCAAUUUAUUAAAAACGGGAUUAAAUGAAAAAAUUUGUGCUACAAUAAACAAUGCUCUUCAAGAAAUGGGAAUAAACCCAACGUGGCACGGAAUUCCGAAAAGAACUUUUGAAAAAUCUUUGGAAAUAGUGAAACACCAAGAAAAUCUUAAUAAAAAGAGUUUUCCACGAUAUGAUUCCUUAAAAAAAUCAAUUGAAAAGUUAGUAAGGACUAACUCACUAAAAAGUGAGAAAAAAUUACCCAAGGAUGAUACCAAAUAUACCAAGACGUUAAAAAUACAAAUUAAAAAGAACGAACAACCCAAGUCAAAAUCGAAGGCGAUUAUCCAGAUCAAGGAUCCAUCCUUUUACGAUAGUGACAGUGAAGCUGAUCUUGAUCCGUAUUUACCGAAACAAUUCAAAUUAGAAGAAAAUUUGGAACAGAAACAGGUUCACGAUGCGGUUAUUGAAGAGUUGCAAGCAAAGUUUUCAAAAACAAUCACAAAUUCUGAUACGAACCCAGUGAUCGAGUCAGUAGAAGACGAGGAAAAGAAGGAACGAAAGAGCUCCAUGAAAAAUGUCGCCGCAGAAGGAUCUUUGGUUAGGAAAAAAGUGUUUUUUGAAAUGCAGGAAUCGGAAAUUUCGGAAAAAUGCGUUGAAAAAGUUUAUAGUUUAUCUGAUUUUGAGUUGACUUGAAUUAAUUUCUCUUGGGAGAUAAAAUAAUGAUGUUAUUUUGAUUUUUGUAUAAUUAUAUAUUAAUUUAAGUUGUAAAAAUACAAUAAAUAUGUAAUUAAAUAUAAAAA